AGUGUUACGAUAACAGUGUAAAGGUUUGACAUUCGAGCUAUUAUAUUGGUCAAAUCAGACGAUUCUAGCAGAAGGACCAGAAUGACGACUUAUGCGUUAUGUGUUAUGCUGGUAUCGGUGAUGAUAUGCACAUCCGGGCAACUAGUAUCAGGCAACUCUGUUUGCCCAACGCAAGACCCAAACAUCGCAUGGGGCUGCGCCUAUCAGCCUCAUUGUUUCAGUGACAGCGGAUGCGGAAGUGGAUACAAGUGCUGCCACCACAUCUGUGGCGACUAUUGCUAUGACAUGUCCACGGCGGUUGCCGCUACACAUUCGCCAGGGACAGGUGGCGAUUGUCACUCAUUAAGCUGCCUGUUUGGAGACUUAAUUGGACGGAAGAAGUGAGAGAUACAGAGCGCCUCAGUUCAAUAUUACCAAACUAAAUCAUGAAUUUUGGAAUUCAAAGACUCUGAAUUCUCGGAAUAUUUACGAAUAGCUAUACAUAUAUGUGUACAAUUUAAACAUUCAGCAAUAAACAUUGUAAUAUG